AUGCCGAUACAGAACAGUUACUGUGCUUCAAAUGUAGGUACAGCUUCAGUGAGCGCUCUGGCUGGCCUCUCAACAACCAAAGGUACUCAGACCAUCAGCAGGUAUGACAGUGUUGUCGAAAGCAGCUCCUCCCAAGUAUCCAUCGAUAUUGACAACCCUCCAUUCACAGUGGAGCCAUGCAGCGGGGCGAUCGCAGCCAUGGAAACGCAGGAGUUCAAAGUCAAGUUUAUCCCAUUGGAAGUUGGCAAGUUUGAGGCAUCGCUCAACUGCAGUAUCCCCAAUUUGAAGGAAGGAUUGCAGGGUCAAGUGGUGGCCGUGAAGGGCCGCAGUCUCCUCCCGUACUGCCAUUUUGAGCUGGAAGAUUCCGAUUACAUCAGUGGAAACAGGCGCAACUCUGAAUUAAGUGGCCCACGGGGAGCCCCUCCAGGGGUGACCCUGGACCCCAACACGCAUGUCAUCGAAUUCCAAGCUGUGGGAGUGAACACGAUCAACAAGAGCCACAGGAAACUCGCCGUUUUGCAGACAGCGGCCUCGGAAUCGCCCGCCACGCUGUUACCUCGCCUUUUCCUCACCCUAGGUGUCAGGACCGGCACCUUCCUGUCCCUUGAGAAGUCAUUCGACAGGGUGGAUCACGAAUAUUUAUUCGGGACUCUGCGAGUAUUAGGGUUCGGGACGCAUUUCAUCGCCUGGAUCCGACUUCUAUCCUUCUACAUAAUGAAUCCAACAAACAGUGACUACUCCUUCCAGUGGGUACCUGAGAGUGCACCGGAUGUACGGAUGCAGCCAACGUUCUUCUGCCUGACAGAAAAUGGCUAUAUAUCAGCUGGGAAGAAGACUGAGGUCAGCUUUCAGUUUGUUCCUCAGCUAUUGAACAUCACUGAAUCAUUCUGGAGCUUCAUCAUUCCAGAACAUAAUAUCACCGUACCCUUCCUGUUAUGUGGCAAUAUGAGUGAACCAGCAGUCUCCUUCGACCGCUCCCACAUCAACUACAAAUUUGUGCUGAUAGGCCACAGAGCACACGAGACUGUCAACAUGCUUAAUCAAGAGGCGAGUCCAUUCAGCUUCCGUUUCAGAGAGGACACGCUGCAGUCGGAGGGAUAUGUCUCCAAACUCACUGUGGAGCCGAUGGAGGGCAUUGUUCUCCCUCACAGCAGUGUGCCCAUUAUCUUCUCCUGUGUUGCAAAAACUGAUGGAAAUGUGAACUGGAACAUUUCAUGUGAUGUGAAGGCAAAGACAGUACCUUUGACCUUAAAUAUCAAGAUGCAAGGAUACAGCAUGAACGCUACAGUGACCUGUGAAGGUGGUGAUGGGAUAGUGAUUGAACUCAGUCAUCAGACUAUCAAUGAGAUCUCUUUCGGAGAGGUGGAACUGAAUGAUGAUAUUAGCUGCCAUUUUGUCAUCUCAAACAAUGGAAAAUUUAACUUCGACUUUGACUGGGAGCUUUCAGGUGCCCCGAACAUUCUGAGCUGCCUAAAACUGACCUGCAAGUGGAACAAUGUGGAAACAGGGAGCAGUAUCCCAGCAUCGAUCAGGUUCCGUCCGGAUCACAAGUUUGUGCUAAAGGAUGUAGAGCUGAAGUUGAAGAUACAGAAAGGCCCUACUUUUGCCUGUGUCCUCACUGGGUGCAUAGUGAUCCCAAACGCCCACUUGUCUUUCACAAGAUAUGACUUUGGGCCAUGCUUCAUCUAUAAUGCUGGCAUGGUACCUUCCAAAAAGACUUUGAUCAUCACUAAUAAACAGGAACAAGCAAUCAGUCUGGAUUGCUUGUUCCUAAACAACUCUUAUCUGGAGGUAAAAUUCCAACCUUGUGCCUUGCUGCCAAAGAAAACAAUGAAAGCCAUCAUCAUUUUCUACCCAAGGGAACCUAUCAGAUACCAAGAACUGAUCACUUUUGAAAUCAAUGGACUCACCCAACAGAGCGUCAAGAUCUUUGGCCAAGGCGUGGAAAUGAGGAUUGAAGUAGUCGAUUACAAGAACAAAGUGGUUAAUUUGAAAGCACCUAAGGUUGGACAGAUUGUGAAGAAAGUAGUGCCGAUAAUCAACAGAAGCAGUGCACCCCUGACUUUCUCUCUUGCUGUGAAUCCCAACGAACAUCUUCUUCAGAACUUAAAGGUUCUAAAUAUAUGGCCAAGCAGCAGCAUCAAGCUGGAUGCAAAUGGAGGCACUUGUGAUGUGGUGGUGACUUUCUCCCCAACUUACCGAAUUCCCCAGUUUGCAGAGGAAGUGAUGAUAGAGUGCACUGGUGUGUCUAAACCUCUAUUUGCGAUACGCGGAUGCGGCCAGGGAAUCGAAAUCACACUGGACCAGGACCGCAUUGCAUUUGGAGCAGUUGUUCUCCGAAGCCAGGUCACUCGGCUGACCAUGAUACAAAAUACUGGAGACGUUGGUGCAAGCUUUAGGUGGGACAUUGAGAAGUUUAAGCCGCAUUUUUCAAUCACCCCUGUGGAGGGCUAUAUCUCCGCAGGAAUGAACAUGUCCUUGGAGGUGGCAUUCCAUCCUGCUAUAAUUCAUGCAGACAUUCGAUUGGAAAACGUGCAGUGCUUCGUUGAGGGAGUCAAACCUCUCCAACUCUACCUGACCGGGUCAUGUGUGGCAGCAACAGCUAUGAAAGAGGUGGUCAACUUCAGUUGUCAAGUUCGGACCACACAAGUUCAUGGUAUCGUACUGAUCAACCGCACCAACCAGCUCUGGAACCUACAGCCCUUGAUUGAAGGAGAGCAUUGGACUGGGCCCAAGAAUAUCACUGUACAUCCUCAUCAGCAGAACCAGUCCUAUGAGAUCACAUACAAACCACUCUCCAUGACGAUGGAUGGCAAAAAGCAUCAGGGUUCUGUGUUUUUCCCAUUGCCUGAUGGUACAGGAUUGCUCUAUAUGUUAUAUGGAGUAGCUGAGCCCCCAAAGGCUGUGGCAAUUAUAAAUCGUGAGGUGCCUUGCAAGAUCCCAUACACGGUGUUGUUGUCAAUCAACAACUGGCUCCCCAAACCACAACGAUUCCGAGCUAUCAUCGACCAGAUCAAGCCAGAACGGCUGGAGAGCUAUACCACAUUGAAAGGACUCGACUAUAUUGAAGUUCCCGGGUCUUCCAGGCGGGAUUACAGAAUCAUCUUCUUCACUUACAAAGAGGCGACCAUCUCAGUAAAGGUGACCUUCCGGAAUGAGGCCACUCAGGAAUACCUGUACUACAUUGUAAACAUUAAAUCCAUAUCUCCUGGCCUAAAUGGCACCAUUGAGUUGGUGGCAGCAGUUCGCCAGAGCACUACCGGGACUGUGGCAGUGGAGAAUCCAUUGACUGUCCCCAUUGUAUUCAUCACUGAAUGUAAAAUCUCAGACAUCUCUCUCCCAACACAGCUCAUUGUCCCACCACAGGCUAAGGGUAUACUGAAUUUUGAAUAUCAACCUUUGAAAGUGGGCGAAAGCACCGGGCGCCUCACUUUGAACAGCAGUGAGUUAGGGGUCUUCUAUUAUGACCUGAUCCUGAAAGCCAAGCCAGCAGGGCUCGAGAAAUCCCUCCACUUCCGGACCACUUUUGGUACCAGCCAGACCCUCAGUGCCAAGUUCAUGAACCACUCCCGCCAGAAGGUUGAGUUCUCAUGCAAGGUUGAUAGUCCUGAAUUCCUUGUGGACAAAAGCAUCAUAGCAUCACCAGCCUCACCAGGAGGUUCAGAGAUUGGAGUGGAGGUGGCCUAUGAGCCUCUCCGGGUGGGAGAGUCCAGAUCAACUCUCAACAUCACCUCUCCUGUUGGAGGCGACUAUAACAUCCCCCUCUUUGGAGUGUGUUUACCUGCCAAACCUCAAGGUCCUUUCUCAAUUCGAGCUGGAUCUAGUGCUUCCAUUCCAUUUAAGAAUAUUUUCCCGCAAGCAACCAUUUUCUCGUUCCAAGUGGAUAAUCCAGCAUUUGUUUGCAAGCCAACCGAGACACUCCGUGGUAAGAAAACCCAUAUUGUGGUUGUCAGCUUUGAAGCAGCUGCAAGUAUUUCCAAAUACCCUGCCACUGGCAGGUUGAUUAUCUCAUGCCCACAGUCUGUAGGAAAUGGAACGGUGAUGUCUUGGAUCUAUUACCUCAAAGGCAUUACUCCAGAGAAAGUCAUUCUUUUCAUCUUUUCUUUUGCUAAAUUUGUUCUUAUAAAGGUGAGCAAGCAACAAGAAAACACCAAUAAUGGGGAAGCUUUCACCGUGGUCUGCUUGACCAAUCAGACUAACAGCUCCAAAUCAGCUGAAGAAAACCCAACCAAUUACACAGGAGAAAUCUUGGCGCAGGAAAACAGUAUAGUGAUGAGCUCAUAG